UCAUUGUCCCGUCAUCCGACCUGGACCCGCAUUGGGAUGUAAUUUCUGUUGGAACACUAUCGAUGGUCAUGGUAGAAUUUUGCGACGUAAAACCAAAUACCACUGUCCGGAAUGUCAAACGAAUUUAUGCAUAGUGCCAUGUUUCCAAGAAUAUCACGAACGUUUAAAUAAUGAAAUCGAAGCAGCCACAGCCUCAUCAUCAGCCACAAACAAUACAACUAAUACUUCAAGAGCAACCAAUUCCUCAACAAGCUCAUCAGUUAAUGCGAGCAACAACAACACUAGCAGUAACAGUAAUCAACAACAGGAAACACGAACGAAUGUCCAACAAGCAAGUAGUAACGCAACUUCUGCAAGCAGUAGACAUUAUACAAAAACGGAAACUUUUUAA